AUGACCAGCGUGCUUGUUACACCCGAUGGCAAAACUAUGGAAGCAGAGGCCGCUCAUGGUAUAGAUUUUAUAGCAGCAUUGGAUGAUCAUCAAGAGCUAUUAAAAUUUUCACAAGAUUUGGAGAGAGCGUGCAUUGAAACCGUAGAUGUUAGCGGUAAAAUGACAAAGGACCUUGCAUUGGCACUCCACGGCAACGAGUAA